UAAGAACUGGGCUACUGUACGGCAAUUGGAGUCAUGGGUAAUGUAGUUCAUCACCGCUGAAAUUCAAAAUACAACCCCCGCUUCGGUAAAAUACUUGUUUUAUUCUUAAAUAUUGUGCAACGUCUCUGACACCGCUUAAAAAGUCUCAUUAUUACUCCGCCUCUAUUACUGCGAUACUACACCGUGAGUAUAACCCUUGUUGAGGGGGACGGGUCGUAGAACUAGGCGUGGAGCUAAUUUAACGGUGUUUUUUCUCGCUUCACCGAAAUAAUACGACUUUACACAACAGUGAAAAUGUGUCAUAACCGAAAAAUAAAAGAAAAAACGGAGAAGCGCUGCCAUAACGUAAAAGCACUUGAGGCAAGAGUCGAGUCGAAAACACAAAACACCUGAGAACUACAACUCCCAUAUCAAAUCUGAUAAAGAUGUUUCGGAAGUAAUCUAAAGAUGGAUCUUUAUUUUUUUACAGGAAUAUGUUCUGAAAGCAGAGGAGGGAUUUUUUAGUUUUAGUUGCACCUGGUGUAAAUGGGGAGGGGAUCCGCUGUCGACACACACACACACACGACCGUCAUUUCUUUGCUAAUGUUAGCAAAGUUGAGAUAGCGUUAACGGCUGUGUCACAAGUGUGUGUGUGGACUCAGCUGGCUGGAGCUGGUCUGACAGCUCCGGGCAAUUUGGAAGCUAACUUAGCUUUACCUAACAGCUUAUUCAACUUUAGCCACACUAGAACUAACUCAGCUGUUUUAGGGACUGGGUCGUUUGUACCUACCUGGGGAAAAAAAAGUAUUGUUACCCCUUUCUGUCUGCCUGCACCGACAAUGCUACCGACGGCCCGGAGGUCGGAGUAAACAUGAAGUUGGUGGCCAAGUAAAAACCGGUGAACGCCUGCACCGACGCUGUCUCCAGCUAUGUGGCAGGAGAGGAGGGGUGGUGGUAGUGCGGCACAACAGCACGAUUGUUUCCUUCUUCUUCUGCUGCUCCUUCAGUCGUGGAGUUGAGAGCCAGGACAGUACACACAUUUCGCAGCUCAAGACGGAACAGUGGUAUUACUGAUUUCUAGCUGCAGUGGCAGAGCGUCUGCAGCCUAGCCCAAAGGAAGAAGGACAUAGGAGGAGUUUGGAAAGUAAACAUCUCUCAGCUUGACUCAUGCUCACAACAGUGCAGACUGCCUUGGCUGCCUCACACCCGUCUUCAGUCCCCCUCACACCCUGGUGAAGACACGAGUAGGACUUUGGAUGCAGGCUGUAUGUUGGCUGCUGUGCCUCAGCCUGGCAGGGGCAUCUGCCGUGGUCCAAAAAGACCAGGUGGCCCAGCAUGCCGUCAAGCUCUAUCGAAGUAACAGGGCCACACACGGGCAGAGCUGGGUGGCUGGUAACUGCAAGCGGCUGGUGGGCCUCCUACGUCAGAAAAAUGUGGUUUUCAAGAAGCUGGCGGCUGCUGCCGAUGCUGUUAGGAAAGACCGGAGCCUUUCAGAGACUGAGAAACACUUCCAGGUUCACACUCUGGAGGUUUUGCAGAAGGAGCUGAAUGAGAGCGAGCACCUCGUGUUCCAGGCGUUGCACAGCCUGCAGAGAGCGCUACAGGGAGACUACAAGGAUGUGGUCAACAUGAAGGAGAGCAGCAGACAAAGGCUGGAGGCCCUCAGGGAGGCAGCCAUAAAGGAAGAACAGGAGUACGUGGAGCUGGUGGCGGCUGAGAAGCAUCAGCAGGAAGCUGUUAAAAGCGCUUUGGCCCAGAACAAGACUCUGUCCAUCCUGGAUGAGAUCCUGGAGGAUGUCAGGAAGGCAGCCGACCGACUUGAGGAGGAGAUCGAAGAGCACGCCUUUGACAACAACAAGCAGAUGAAAGGAGUGAAUGUAGAGGCCGUGCUGAGAGUGGAAGACGACGAAGAGAAUGGAAGCAAGAGGAAGAACAAGUCCAGGCAAAAGGAAGUGGAGGAUGACCUGGGACUGAGCAUGCUCAUUGACUCGCAGAACAACCAGUAUGUUCUGACUAAACCGCGAGACUCAACAAUGCCGAGAGCCGACCACCACUUUAUCAAAGACUUGGUUUCAGUGGUGAUGUUGUCUCUGCCCUGUGGCUGGAUUUGCACUCUAGCGGGUCUUCCUCCCAUGUUUGGAUAUAUCAUCUGUGGGGUCCUGCUUGGUCCUUCUGGGCUCAACAGCAUCAAGUCUAUGGUUCAGGUGGAGACUCUCGGGGAGUUGGGUGUGUUUUUCACUCUCUUUGUGGUCGGACUGGAGUUCUCACCUGAGCGCCUCAGAAAGGUAUGGAAGAUUUCAGUUCAGGGUUCCUGCUCUUUGAGUCUGCUGAUGGUAGGAGCCGGUUUGCUGUGGGGACAAGUCCUGCAUAUUCGACCCACCCAGACUGUCUUCAUCUCUACUUGUUUGUCCUUGUCCAGCACUCCACUGGUGUCCCGCUUCCUGGCAGGAGGAAGCAGAGGAGAUAAGGAAGCUGAGCUGGACUACAGCAGCGUUCUCCUUGGGAUGUUGGUGAUGCAAGAUGUUCAGCUCGGCCUCUUCAUCGCUGUCAUGCCGACUCUGAUCCAGGCACAAAGUGGAGAGUUGGACGGCUUUCUGUAUGGCAGCCUCCACGUGCUCUAUCUCCUGGCCCAGGUCCUGGUGUCGCUGGCUGCUGUGCUGCUGCUCUGCUUGCUCUUCAGAUCAUUCCUGAUUGGCCCCUUUUACAAGAAGCUUCACACUGAGAGCAAAGGCAACAGGGAGAUCCUGGUGCUGGGGAUGGCAGCUUUUGUCUUUUUCAUGCUGACAGUAACUGAGGUGCUGGAUGUUUCCAUGGAGCUCGGUUGUUUCCUGGCUGGAGCUUUGCUGUCCUCACAGGGUCACAUGGUCACAGCAGAGGUCAUGGGAUGCAUCGAGCCGAUCAGAGACUUCCUUGCCAUCAUCUUCUUUGCUUCUAUCGGUUUCCACGUGUUCCCGACAUUUGUGCUGUAUGAACUCACCAUCCUGCUGGCGCUAACUCUCACACUCGUCAUUAUGAAGUUUAUGAUGGCUGUACUCGUGCUGUCAGCAAUCUUGCCUCCAGGGUCUCGGCACAUACAGUGGAUCGUCUCUGCUGGCCUCGCUCAGGUCAGCGAGUUCUCCUUUGUCCUGGGCAGUCGUGCGCGUCGAGCUGGCAUCAUCUCCAGAGAGGUGUACCUGCUGGUCCUCAGCGUCACCACUCUCAGUCUGCUGCUGGCUCCGCUGCUCUGGAAGGUUACCACACACAGAUGGGUUCCCCGCACCGAACGCAGACCAGUCACAUGACCACACUGACUUCAGCGCCAAAGGGUUCUCGUUUGAGUUUUGCAGAGAUAACAGUGGCAUAACAAGAAGUUUUAUUUAUGCAGGACCAAAUCUCCGUCUUUUUCUUCUUAUUAUUCUUGUACUGACUCAAUCUGCUGCUUUAGAAGAGAGUGACUUGAGGUCCUUAAUAAAAGCCUGCUUCUGACUGUUAAAAAAGCCUUCAUUACAGUUUCUCCAUGCUAGGUAUGGUCCAAAUUGGUGUAACAUGUAGUGUAUGUGCUAGAUAAACUAUACUGUAUUUUAAUAUCACAUGCUGAAAUAGUUUUACAUGUAAUCUACAGAACCGCAACAUCACUGAACCGCUUUGAUUUUCUGGAAACAUCUGUAAGGCUCGGUGGUGUCUGCUACUUUGAAAAACUUUGAUAGAAAGCACAUGUUUUGAGGAGAAGCACAACAGAUAAGAGAUCCUUUACGCUGUGACGCUUUUGAUGUCAGAAAUGCCUUUCUUCUUAUUUUCAGACACUUGUUUCAUCAGUCAUUCCGUCACUUAUGCAAUUUGAACCUUAGAUUUGCCUCCUCCAUGUAGAAAUCACAUGACAGUUCAACACAUCUCCAUAUAUUGUUUUGUGAUCUUAUAGGUGAAAUAUUUGGGAAGUAUUUUUUUUGUAUUUUGUAAAACGACCUCCGUCGUUCUUCUAGAUGACUAUAUUACUGUUCACUUUGUCUUCUUCGGCUCUUGGUUAUCGUAGAUGACAGAUUGUGCUUCUGACUGACGUAAAAACCUUCUGUGUGCUGUAUUUAAUCAGAAGUGGGUUAUUCUGAUCAUCGUGCUACUGUGAAUUUUGCUAUAAUAGCACUCUCUGAAGACUGUAGUUUGUUAUUCUUUUUUCUCGGCAAAUGUCAGAACACCGUGGUAGGUCACACUACUAAGAAACUCAGAAGAUAGAUAAUGAAAUACCUGAUUUUAGGAGCAGAAAUGCAUCAGACACUAAUGACAACUCUUCGCUGACGUUACGUUUGAAUACAAAAUGCACUAGUUAACCCUGAAUGUCAAACUUAUGUGCCUGCUCAACACUUCUCUGCACUAAAAACAAGACUUUGAGGAGUGUAUUCCUGCU